GCUCCUUCCUUUGUCACCCGAUCUCGCUCUCGCUCCUUGUGCGUGUGCAUGCUCCCUCGCAGCAGCAUCGCACUCCCAUCCCAUCCUGCAUCUGCACGCUCGGGCCUGUCCUCUUCUCACCUGCACCUCCCUCUCUCCCCACACCCGUGCCGCCGCUCCGCACCCCUGACGCAGGGCACUGCCGAGCGUCCUCAAGCUCCGCGCCUCGACUGCGCACCUGUCUACGCACUGCAGCUCAGCGACGCACCCUCGGGCACAGUCUAGUGCAGUCACUCGCCUCGAGCGCUGCCUGCCCGCUGCUCGCCGCCUCUCACGCGGCCCGAGCGCACCUGCGUGGCGCGCGUUGUGCGCACCAGCCAGCAGCAAGCUGGCUGUCGCAUCCUGCUCGUGGGCCGAUCCCGGCGCUUAGCGAGCAGCCGUCAUCAUGCUGACGCUGCCUGUCCUCCCGCCUGGCGUGCUGGCGGCGGACUCGCCGUCGUACAUCUCCGCACGGAGCGCCAAUUCGCUCAUCUCCUACUCGCGGCCGACGCGCAUCCAGGCCGUCACGCUGCACUACCUCAACCGGCUGCUCGAUGAGCUGCUGCUGCUGAUUCUGACGUCGGCGCGCUCGCUGGCGACCGACCGCAUCAAGACAGAUGGCGUGCUGCGCGUCCUGGGCUCGACGGGCUCGGGCGCUCUGCUCGCCAAGAACGCGGUGCUGGAGGCGGAGCUGGAGAUGCGCUCGUACGUGGACGGCAUGCGGAAGGAGGGCAACCGCGUGCCGCUGGGGCUCAGCGCGACGAGCCGGCUCGACGGCACUGAGGGCUUCCCGGUGAAGAGCGCGUACGAGGCGCUGCGCAUUCGCUGCCAGUACUACAGCACGCUCGGCUCGCUCGAGGACCCCUCGCCGCACACGCCCUCGGACACGACCAUCAUGUCCGCCGACGGUCGCCCGAUCGCCUCGAUCACGCCGCCAGUGUCCAUCUACGUGACUGCGCUGCUCGAGUUCGUGGCUGAGCACAUUCUCGGCAACGUUGGGCGCGUCAUCGAGCGCGACAACUCCGACGAGGCCAGUCUGACCGACCUGCGCAAGGCGCUGGAGGAGGACGAGAGCUGCUCGUCGUGGUGGGACCGCAUGGCGACGCGCACAGAGGUCGAGACGCGCGAGCGGGAGCUGUCCGACGGCAAGCGCGGCUCGGCGCGGCCCUGGAUGGUACCGGACGACAGCGAGCUCGACGAGGCGGCGGGCCGCAAGAAGUUCGCGCGGCAGAGCCUGAACAUGGGCGGCGGAGCAGCAGGUCCUGCUGUGCGCGGACUGCUGCAGCAGCAGGCCGCAGAGCGCAGCUACAGCGCGAGCGCGCAGGGCCACGGCGAGCGCGACGCAGGUGCGCAGAGCCCUGGCAGCACGAGCAUGACGCACACGACCUCGGCAUCAGCGACAGCCAGCUCCCUUGCAGGCGCCAGCGCGUCGACCGGCGAGACGUCUCGUGCCGGCGAGUUUGGCACGCUGACUCGGCGGCCGAGCAUGGACAAGGGCUGGGGCAUCCUCACCGGUCGUCGGCGCGGCAGCUUCCGGGGCAGCCAGGACCUGUCGUCGCAGCAGCCCAUCAUCAAGCAGCUCUCGCCCAACGAUGCGCGCCAAGCAGGUGACGAGGAGCCGGCCGACGAUGACUUCGAGGCUCUCAUGAUGAGCGGACAGACGAUGAAGGUCAGCCUGACGCCGAACCGACUGCGGACCAUCGAGGUCGCCAAGGAAGAGGAGGACGGCAAGCGCAGCACGCGUCGGAGACCAGGCACUCUGACAAUGCCUCUACGCGAUGGAGGCGAGCUGGGUGUGCCGUCGUCGAGCGGCUCGCGAGGUGCGAUCUCGCCGGCGCCAACGAUGGUCUCGCGCAUCAGCCAGCAGAGCUCGACGCCGAGCGUCAUCGAGGAGAAGGGUCCGUACGCUGUGCCUUCCCCGCCUGCCAGUGGUGGCGUCGCGCGUGCCACUCGCAGUGGCUCUACUUCGACGAGCUCUCUCCGCGGCGCAUCAAACGGCGGCCUCCGCUAUCCUAGCGGCGGCAAGGCUUCCAGCCAGCCGCCGUCGGCGUAUCGGGGCCCCGCAGACAUGACACGGUCUCUCGACUCGGGCUCACGCGGCAGCGGCAGCGUUGGCGAGGAUGUCGACGACGAGGAGCUUGACCGGCCGGCCAGCGGCAGCACUUCGCGUCUGCAACCUCGCGACGAGUCACAGACGUCCUCGAUCAAGGGUAUCAAGGAAGUCGUCAGCCUGCUCCAGACGACGCCGCCCAGCCCCGUCUCGCCCCCGCAGUUCGACUCCAUCAGCAGUGGGCGCGAGAGCCGACAGAGCGACAUCAGCCAGCAGGGUGGCACAGAGGGCCGCAAGAGCGCGCUCGGCGGCAGACUGCGAUCCGUCUUCGCCAAGCGCAGCAGCGUCAGCGGCACGUUCGCAGCUCCGCAGCCGCGGCGGGUUGGCUCCAGCGCUAGUGCGCGCAGCGGCCCAUUCGGCUUUACACAUACGAACGGCAGCGAGGACAAUGUCGCGAGCUCGACGGGCCACUCGAGCAGCUCACAGCAAACAGCUGCUGCUGCUGCUCUCGCGCGUGCGAAUCGAAAUGGCGCGCCGCAGACCCCGCCCAGUGCGCUGCUGUCUGACGGCGAAGCCACGCUGCUCGAAGAUCCCGAGAUCGAAGCACUGGCGCCUGUCAUUCCCAUCGAGAAGGACCUCACGCCGCAGGCCAAAGAGGCGCCGCUUCCGCCACUCCCUGAUCUGCCGCAGCAGGACGUCGCUGAGGCGCCGGCAUCAGGCCUCGUCGGCCUGUACGAAGAGCCACUGCGGCGCACGCCCACGCCGCCAUCACCUGCGCCGGAUCCGAACAACCCGCGCACCGAGCCGCCGAGCCGCAAGGUGCCAUGGAGCUACUCGCGGAACUCGACGAGCAGCGCAGCGGCGAUCGGCGCUUCCAUCCGGAGACCCGGCAGCUCCGCCGCCGUCGAGCGCAACGCCGCCGCCGCGGCAGCUAUGGCCGGCAGUAUGGACGGACACUCGAGCUCCGGACAGCAUCACGCGCCUAGCGCAUGGAACGCGCAGCACAUCAGCGAGGAUGCCUCGGGCGUCAACACGCCGACGCCCAGCCACGGAGCGAUGGGCAGCAUCACUGGCGGUGCCCUGUCUGGCGACUCUGCACGCAGUUCCUUUGGCGCGCCGCGCAUGUCCGCCUCUGGUGGCCGAAGCGAAUUGACGCGCGCCCUGUCCGACCUCGACUUGCGCAUGCGCGAGUGCACCAGCGUCGAGGAGUGCCGCCUGCUGGUGGCCCAAGCGCUGGCCGUCUCCGCUGCGGCAUCAGUGCACCCCAGCAGCGGCGGCUUCCGCGCGCGGCCGGGCGCCUCUACGCCAGGUGCCUUCGUCGGCGAUAUUCCCGACGAGGGCUCAAGCUCGGCGUCUGUGCCGCUGCAUACGAUCGGCUCGCGGCCGGCGACCGGCAAGGACUCGCUCGCGGGCGCCGCUGCUGCUCAGACCUCGCCAGCUCCGAUCAGCGAGGCUCGCCCGCAGCCCCUGCUGGCGAUGGCGGCGGACCACGACGUGUUCUCUGACGAGACGUCCACAACGUACAAGCAGUCCGGCGUGCUCGCCGCCUGGCUUCUCGACGGCGAGGCCGGCCCCGUUGCCGAAGCGCAGCCGGUCCGAGUGCAGCCGGCUGACGAGGCGGUCGGCGCAAUGAGCUCGAUGCCGUCGGACAGCACGCUCGGCGAGGAUCGUGAGGAGGACUACGAGACGGCCUACGAGCGCGACGCAGGCCUCUCGCCCGUCAAGCCGCGCUACCUGCCGCGCACGUCGCUGGGCAGCAGCACCUCGGACCAGAGCCUCGCCAACCUCUCGCUGCCCGCCGCGCCGUCCGACUCCGAGGCGACCUUCUCGCAAUCGCGCGCGUCUGACCGCUCGCUCAAUCGCCGCAUCAGCAACGUGCCCUCGCUGCAGUCGCAGCAGUCGUUCCGCGACGCGCAGGAGGAGCUCGAGGCCGAGAUGGCUGCCUGAGCUCGUUCCCGCUAUCUACUGCCACCUGGCUGCUACCUCACUGCUGUACCUGCUACCUGCCGCGAUGCCUAUCUAUACCUCGUCUCCAG